AUGCCACACUUUGGCCGCUCGAAUCACACAUUCUUCCGUCUGACCGAGCCUCGUAUUCAACGGAAUAUCCGCCACCUUCAGUCUGCCAAGGCUCUACGGACCAGGCGUUGGGCCAUCUUCCGCGACAAGAACACGAGUAUUUAG